CUCUAUAUAAACCAUUCUUUCAUUUCUCAUUUUCUCAUCACUUCUUUCCAUCUCCUUCUUCUCAUACAUAAUUCAACUCAGUUACUCCAUUAUUAUCCUUCUCAGAAUGAGCAGCAGGCCAGGAGAUUGGAACUGCAAGUCAUGUCAGCACAUGAACUUUCAGAGGCGAGAAUCGUGCCAGAGAUGUGGAGAAUCAAAGUAUGGAGAAUAUUAUGGUGGAGGAGGAGGGAGAUCAUCAAGUUCAUCAUCAGAUGUUCGUCCUGGAGACUGGUAUUGUGCUGCUAAUAAUUGUGGAGCACAUAACUUUGCCAGCCGCUCCAGCUGCUUCAAGUGUGGUGCUUUCAAAGAUGACUUGUUAUCUUCUUCUUCCUUCAACACUGAUUUUCUGCGCUCUAGACCUUUUGCUUCUGCUCCUACUUCUACAAGACCUUCCUGGAAAUCUGGUGAUUGGAUUUGCAAUAGGUUAGGGUGCAAUGAGCAUAACUUUGCAAGCAGAACGGAAUGCUUUAAAUGCAGUGCCCCAAGGGACACAUACUAGAAUUGAGAUCAUCCACUUUUGUAUUUCAUGGCUUUGUUUUCAGGCAUUAUAGCGAUUAGUGACGGAAGAUGUUCUGUUGUAAUACUAGAGAAUCAAGUUGGAAGAUUUCUUUAUUAAUUUCUUGGGGAUGAUCAAAAGUGAUGAUAAGAGUGAGAAAUCAGAAAAGGAAAGUCCAGAGCCAGUAUGACAGAGAAGCCACAUCCCUUUGAUUAGCAUCUAGUUAAAGAAUUAUAGCCAUGUGAUUUUGGUGUUCCUAAUAUACUUUUUCUUUAGUCUCUUGCGCUGGAGUUCACUUAAUUAUUGUACUUGCGUGUGUGGUUUUAGUGAAAAUGAAUCUCUUUUUCUUUUCUCAUAUAUCCUGAAAUCAUGAUCUAGUACUUUUUCCUGAGUGAAAGUUAUGGACUAAGGACUGUAUCUUGGAUUAUAUAUAUAUAUAAGAGGGUUAAGUAUGUCAUUUGAUCUAUAA